UGUAGGUUAGAAAAACGUAACCAAAUAUCAGAAAUGACAACCUUUGUUGAAUAUUUUAAUUUUAAUGUUCACAAAUGCUUCUUAUGAUAAAAUAAAAUGCCAAAUUUGAAUUUUGAUUUAGGUUUCCAUAAAAAAAAUAAAAGAUAGCAAACUAUAAAUAACUAUGAAUAAAUCCAUGGAUUCAGAUCAGUCGACGCCAAUGAAUGGACAUUGCAAAAAUAUUGAAAUAAAUCAUAUUCCAAACAUAUUAAAAGUAGAGGAUAGCAAUAAAAUAUCUAAUAUUAACGUUCCUACUGCAAGCGAAUGGAGGGGGAUUCAAAAUGUAACUGUUAAACAAGAACCUAUUUGUGAGGAACAAAAUGAGAAAGAGCAUCAACCUGCUCCUUCACAAGAUCAACCCAAAAUAAAAAGGAAAAGAUUAGAUGAAGAUAUUGUGGAAAGUUCAAUACAAAACAAUUUCAUUUCCAUUAAGAAUGAAAUUCAAGGAAUUGAAAUAGAACAUUCUUCUAUUAAAAAAGAAUGUGAAAUAAUAUAUGAAAUAUCUGAUGAUGAAACCAUUAAGGAAACUGAUGGAAAAGAGCACUGUUGUUUAAAAUAUUGGUCACCAACUUUUUGCCAUCUUUGCCAAACUAACAUCGAUACAACUAUAGACGAUCAUAAUCAAAAAUUUCACAAGAAGGGAAUUUUUUUUCAAUGUCCCUAUUGUGAUUCACUCCAGUUAGCAAGAAAUAGAUUACCUAAUGAAUUGAAAAAACACAGGAAAAUCCUCUCUAUCAAAUGCCAUUAUUGUGAAGAAACUUAUCACAAUUGGAUAAAAAUAAUAGCUCAUAUAGAUGAGAAACACCCAGAUAAGGUUACUACGCAAUGCAAUAUCUGUUCUUAUGAGGCAAUUUCCUUUCAAACUUUAAUCAAUCACAAGCUGUGCUGCCAUAAAGGUGAAUCAUUAAUAAUCAAUUGUAAGUUUUGCAAUUUUUCCACUGUAAGAUAUUCACUUCUAAAAAUUCACAUGGAAGUCAAACACAAAGAGAAUACAUCAAAAUCCGAAACUGGCCCAAAGUAUUGGAGAAUCGUUUCCAGGAAAUCGCAAAAACCCCUCAAAAAACCUGAGCCAAGAAGUCCUUGGAGAUUGCACAGUCGUCCAUUAGAAAUAUCUGAGAUAAAAGGCCCUUGGAGAUGGGAUUGCGAAGAAUUGAAUAAUACCACAACAGAAAGUAAAAGUCCCCAAAAACAAGUCGCAGUUAUUAGAAAUAAUGAUAAAAAUGUCGAUUAUCAAAACGUUAAAGUUAAACAAGAAAUAAUUUACAUGGAAGAAGAUGAAACAUGUUGUCAACUUGGUGAAAAUGGAUAUGUUGAAGAGAGAGUUGGUUCUCCCCAAAGUGAACCAAAAAUAAAGAGGGAAAAAUUGGAAGAUGAUGAGGUAAUCGACAAUUUAGUUAUGAUCAAGUGUGAAAUUCCUGAAGAAGUUGAAGUCAAAAUGGAAGAUGUAAAUUCUUCGGAUGCAAGAGAAGAACAGUUUUUGGGACUAAUUGACCAAGCUGAGGGAAUUAAGGAAGAACUAACCGAUGACGCAGAUAGCCCAACAGCAGAAGACAAAUUUUUUUGCAUGAAAUAUAUACGUCUAAAUAUUUGCCGUCUGUGCGAUUGUCCUGUCUAUACAAAGUUAGACAAGCAUAUAGAAACUCAUCAUAAGAUAGGAAUAUUCUUUCACUGCCCCUUCUGCGAUGGUUCCCAGAAAUUUUCUAAAAAAGUACAAACAGCUGAAUUGAAAAAACACCAAAAACUUCAUUCCGUGAAUUGUCAGUUUUGCGGAGAGACCUUUCGCUAUUGGGAAGAAGUUACAGCUCAUAUAGAUGAAAAGCAUCAAGAUGAGGUUAGCAAGUGUUGUAGCAUUUGUGAUUACAAGGCUAGUUCCUAUCACAAAUUAAUAAAUCACUUAUUAUACCUACAUAAAGGAGAAACAUUGAUAUAUUAUUGUGAAUUUUGUGAUUUUGUCACGUUUCAACCGUCGCUGCUCCAAUUUCAUGCAGAGGUGAAACACCAGGCGAGUCCACUGAAAAUUGAACUUGUUGAAGAGAAUACUUGAUGAUAUUUUCUUCCCAACUUCGAUCCCAGAAUAGGAAUUUAGUCGAAUUCUAAGGCCACAGAAGUAAGAGGAAUUUAUAGAGUGCACAAUUGUAUUAUUUAAAAAAAAACGGACGAAAGUCAGUUUUAGACUGAAGAAAUUGAAUUGUUUUAUCCACCUUUAAUUGUCUUUCCAUCAGUUAUAAUUCCUGUAAUUGUAAUGAAAUUGGUGUAGUCACAAAUAUUUAUUCUAUACAAGAAAGGAGACAGAAAAAAUAAUAAAGUACUUCACAAAA